AUGGUUGGCAGACGCAAGAACCGCGCCACUUCACGAAUGGUCGCUCCUGCGCCAUCGCCUCGCGGGCGAGGCACUGGCCGGGGCAGCCGUAGCGGUAGCCGCGGUGGUCGAGGCGGCCGAUGGGCUACCAGGGGCCAGGCUGCGCGUGCUGCUCGUGUGGAGUCUGAGUCCUCGUCGUCCUCGUCUUCUGAUGAGGAAGAAGAAGACAAUGUCGAGUCGCCCCCGCCCGAAAAGCGCAAGCGCUUGAUUGUUCGAUUCAAGGUGCCAAAAGCCACCCUGCGUGAACUCCACAGCCCAUCUGAAGAGCAAGAGCUCGAGGCAUCGACUGCGCAGUCAAGCACCCCCACGGGUUCAGCAAACCCGGAAACUCCCAUGCGCCGUCGCUCAAAGCGUGCGAUGGCAGUCCCUGAAUCUUCACGUACUACGCGCCAGUCUGCACGCCAGUCCGGUCGCCAAUCGUCUCGAUUGAAGGCGGAUUUGACUCGAGAUUAUGAAACUCCCACCAAAGCGGGUGAGCCCGAGCAGACCGACCAUGAUGAUGAAGAUGACGAUGAAGAAUUCGCAGACGGUUCGUCGCACAAGGAAGAAUACGACGAAGACUUUGAGCCCGGCCCGCAACUCAAAAAGGCCCGUUCUCCAGGGCCGCAGACGCAAGCUACAUCGCCCGAACAGGAAACCCGGGCAGAUCUCACUACUACUGAAGAACAAGGUGACUCGACUUACUCCGCCUCUGCACCCACCUACUCCCAAGAAGUGGAGUCUCCGAAACCUCAACCUUCUCGACGUAUGUCAUCUCCGCGUCUCUCGCGCAAGCGCAAGUCCACCGAGAUGAAAGACGAGAGUGAAGGUCCCGAGACCCGGGCGCACUCCGAGCCGGCUUCCAAGAAGCCCAAGAUUGAAGAGGACGAGCCGACUGCCGAUGCCGAUCAAAGCGCGGUGAAUGGAAGUGGGAACGAACCCACGUCUCAGUCUCAGCCCGUCACCUCCCCCGACGAGCCCAUGGCCUCAGCCGAAGACGACGAUGCCACCGAAGCUCCGCCCGCCACGACUAGAGGUCGCGGCGGCCGUGGCAGCCGAGGCGGGUAUCGUGGUCGAGGCCGAGGCCGGGGUCGUGGGGGACGAGGCAGUCGCGGCGGCGCAUUGGGCCCAGUUCGAGCAACAGUAGCCCGAGCCCGCGGACGAGGCCGUGGCCGUGCUCGCGCAUCGGCAGCUUCCCGGGGUCGCGGCGGCAAGCGGAUCGAAGAUGAGAUCUGGGACAGCGAGUGUCGACGCCGCACCCCAUCACCCAUUCCCGACACGCAGCCCAUCAAGAGUCGGCAGGAAGAGCUCGCGAUGCUCUUCAAGAAAGUCGGAAAUGCCCAGCAGGUCGCACUGAAUGUGCUGGCCGAUCACACCAUGACCAAGUUGAUGCGCGACAAGAAUGCGCACAAGGACUGUCCCGAAUUCGCCCAAGUCCAGCGCGAACUGGCCGAGUACCAGACCAAGGCGCUGACUCGAUUCCGGGAUGAGUACGACCUGAAGGUCGACUCGGAGAACCGGGUGUAUGCCGGGCAGAUCCAUGUGGUUGAGGCCAAGGCAAAUGAGCAACUGGAGAACAUCCAAGAAGAGAUGUUCCAUGCCGUUCGCGGCAAAUACAUGGAGCUCGUCACAGGCCGUCGAGCCGCAGAAGACGAUGAGCAUACCGAGACCGAUGGAUCGGACCCAGACGCCGAAGAACCGAACUACCUCUUCCGAAUCGGCAAACUCGGUACCCAGGAAGUCGAGCGCGGCUUCUUCGCUGAAGCUGUGCGGGACCCCGACGGUGCCAACGCGUAUGACCGCGGCAUGAACUCCUGGGAGGACUUCCUGAUUAAGGCACAAAUGGGCGAGGACCUCAACCCGCAAAUGCAGGCAUUGAACUCGGCCGUUUCCCCCGGAGGCCACGAAGCCCGUCAGACCAUCGCAAGCCUCCUGAACGCGGCGGAAGCAGUCGCCGACGAAAAACCCAUGCCCUGGGGCGGCGACAGUGCCUUUGACAUCUCCCCCAAGGCCCUCUCGAUGCUCGCGGACACAGCUCUGUCCGAACCGACCCAAAAUCAAAGCCAAACCCUCUUACCCCGAAUAAGCGAUCCCACCAUGUCUCCCGCCAGCCGCCAACUCCUUCAGUCACAGCCUCCGCCGAGUCUGGCCCAUGGACCUACCGAUCCGCGCUCCUUCAUUCUUCCUCGUCCCACACCUACCCAGCAACCGCGUCGUCUCCUGCCUGCUCGUGGCCAAUUGGGUCUGCCCGACCCCUUCAGCAUGACUGGCCCGCCUCAACUGCCACCUCCCCCAGGCUCAAACUUCCAGCGUCUGCCACCACUCCCGAACUAUUUCCCCGGGCCCCCUGCAGGCGCCCCGCCUCCUCCAGGACACCCAGCACCUCCCGGUCCCGCCCAAAUCUACUUUCAGUCACCCCAUGGCCACUCCCCCCAUGGGCAGCCACCUCCACCUCCACCCCGUCGCUACUAA